AGACGAUUUUAGGACUUUGCCAUGCCGCCCAAGAAGCAAGAUGCAGUGCUUCCAGAGGUGGAGGAUGAGGUGGUUCUCCCAGAGGAGCUUCUGCAAGAGAUAGGAACGCCCCCCGAGCCAGACUUCAGCCUGGUGCUGGGACAUCUUGCAGGUCAUUCCUUCAAGGUGGCAUCUGAGACAGGCGUGCAGGACUUUGAGCCCUGCAACUUGGUGCUGACCCAGGCGAAACAGCUCGGCGAUGCAUCGGGGCCUGUGGUGCUGCUUGAGCGAGAGGAGCUGCAUGCCUACUGCACCGAGGCCAACGGCCUACAGGACCAGCCGCUUUGGGCAGGCUUGAAGCUGCGCCUGGCGAAGGAGCGCGCAGCGCGCCGCCGCGCGAAAUCCAACGAGGCGCGGCGCCAGCUCAUUGCCAAGUUCGAGAACCGAGACCGCGAGAACCGAGAUGAAGGCGCGCCGGAGGCAGAGGCACCGCCGGAGGUGGAUGUCCUGUUCCUUCUUGAGGCGCCGGACGCAGAGGAACUCAAUGCUAUGUCAGAUGCAGGCCUCUACGAGGUGGUGGAUCUGUGGUGCAACAUCUACUUUGCCGGAAAGACGGUGGAUGAGACUGAUCCUAGCGUUCAAGUUGACUGCCCCACUCCAGAACAAGCGCAACUCUUUUACGAGGCGAUUCAGAGUGCACCCGCGAAUUCCGACCUCGCCAACUGCAGUGUGGUGACUGUGCCGGAGAGUCACGCCCUGGCCGUCGCAGAGGACGAAAGCAGCCCCUCGGAACGUGUCAUGGCUGCGAUGCAGGAAGUGCUCGCCCGAGAAGCCUCGUCGCGAGUGCAAUUUCAGGCUUGGUUGCAGGCUGAGCGGGUGAAGCUGCCAGACGAGGAUACUGGGAUCUUCGAAGAUCGGCUCUAUCACAGCAUGAUGAGUGCGGUGAAUCCUGCGUACCAUGAUGUUCCUCUCUUCCUGCACUGCUUGACAGAACAGGUGGAGCGGACGCUCAGUGGGGAGGCGCAGCAGAAGGAGGACGCCGCGGCGCUGCGGAGCCUCGAGGAGCAUCUCGCCUCGGCCUUCGAGGACGUGGUGGGCGAAGGCCCGCUGGCGCGCAGCGAGGUGCGGCAAGCUGAAGCCGAGGAGCAGGGAGUGCCAGGUCUGCCGGACUCUGGUCCGCUGCUGCAGCACUUGGAUCAAGCUGCGUGCCGGCACCGGCGCGGGCCGAGCGCGGAUGGGCGCCCGCUCGCAGCGGUGCACGAGGUGCUGGGCAAGAUCUCGGUGCCCGGCAGCGGACGCUCCGGGCUUCCGGACUUCGCCUUCUCGGAGCUGGAGAGGAAGGCGCUGAGGCAUCGGUUCUAUCCCUUCGCUCCGGGCGUCGCGCCCGAAGAGUUGGAGCAGAUGCUCCUGCUGCAGUCCUUUGAGGAGCUGGUUUCGCACGCUCAGCAGCGGCCGUGGUCGUUUGCUGACCGCAGCUGGCGGGAAAGCAUUCCCAAGAGCCUCCUGGGCCAGGUGUUGCAGGCCGCCCUUCAGCGGGAGCCCUUUGUGGAUUGCGCCUACUCCUCGCGCCACGACUGCCUGCUACUGGCCCUACACCACAGGUCAGUCCCCGGCCAAGUGCUGUGGCACGCCUGGCAUGGAGACAACCUCACGGCGCCCCAAGACCCGAAGUGGAAGUCCGCGCUGGUCACAAGCCCCACCUUCAACGACUGGAAGGUGCAUGGCGGCGGGGCGCCGGCCAAUGUGCAACUCAUCGAGAACAUGGAUGCCAGGGAGAUGGGCUACAACACCAUGGUGGAAAAGCUGGCGGUGGCUGAUGGAAGCCUGAUCCUGGUGACGUCCAUGGAAUCAGGCGUGUUGCCGGGCGAAACCCGAUGUCCAAGAUCAUCCAGGCGCCUGGCACGUGUUCUGAAAGAUCGCCUUACCUUCGGCAUCGUCGAGAGGCGGGAGCCAAGAGAGCCUAAGGAGUCCCAGGAGGUGCCAGAUGAGGCUCCAGAGCCUUCAGAAGUGGCGCCAGAGCCUGAGUCUGUGCCGGAAGGCCCGCCAGGUGGCGUCUUUUGGCUGGCGCUGCCCAGCGGUGCGAGGGUCACUGCGCGAAACAUGCCUGCAAAGCCAGACGACUCGUCCACGGGCUCGCUGCUGAGCUACACCACUACAGAUGGCCAGGUGAUUCAGAUGUUGAGCAAUGGCUCCAUCCGGCUGAUCCCAGACAGCACCAGCAAACCCGAGAAUGAGGCCGGCGCUCCGCUUCCCGGUUGUGCAGAAGAUGGGGAGGUGUCACGCACCAUCACCGGCCAAGCCGUGAUCCGAACCCUGGUGUCUGGCCGAAUCGAGGUUUUGCACGCCGAUGGGACCUCGGCGUGCCGGAGUCCGACGGCCGAGGAGCUGCAAACGAGGCUGGAGGAGUCGCCCUGCCGCAGCCAGCAAGGCUGCUGUGAUGAUGCCGCCAAGCGCGAGUUGCUGACCAAGAUGUUGCAGGCUUACAAAGAUGCUGCAGCUGACGAGCCCAGGUUUUGCCCUGGGCAGUGGGUCAUCAUUCGCAGCGAUGGGCAUGUCUUUCGCCGCGAUGAGGAUGGAGAGCAUGAGGUGGACAGCGUGGCCACAGCACUCCAAGUGGAUCUCUUCACACAGCAUAGGGCGCUCACGAAUUCCCGUGGCUUUGCCUCCUUUGAAGACCCUGAAGGCGUGCAGAAAGUUUGCGUAUACCCCGAUGGUACCCGCAUCACCAGCACCGUGAAGGAGUUUGGAACGGAGACGGAAAUCUUCAAAGAGGGCAUGGCUUUGGUGAGGUGCGAGAUUCCUGCUGGUGAAGGCUCCGUUCAAUUGCAAGUGGAAUGUGCUGACGGCACCUGCAUCGAGGUGCAGCCGCAGGCUUUGGUGGAUGGCAGCUUGAAGCCGCUGGCGGGGGAUACGCUGGAGUCCACGCACGCUGCUGUGACGCUGAGCUGCCGCGAAGGGAGCAUGGUGAAAGCUCUGGGAGAUGGCACCGUGCAGAUCUUUCAUCAGGCGGCUUCGCUGGGCACUGCCCACUGCGCCGAGGGCAGGUUGGUCUUGCGCGGCGGGGACUUCGUGCUGCACGCGGACCAGUCGCUGGAGGUGCCCGGCGCCGGCGCCAGCCCGCGCUGCAGCGAGGCCAAUAGGGCCUACGCCCCGGACGACGGGCGGGAGGUGCCGCCGCCGGCGCCUCGGCUCUUCGUGGUGCACGGGGACGGGGAGGCCGAGGAGCUGCUGAGCUCUGCCCAGGCGGGCGAGAUCCUGCGAGCGGCCCAGGAGGAUCCCAUGGCCCUGGUGCUGGGCACCGAGAGUCCGCGGUUUAAGUGCCACACCAUUUUUCACACCCGGCUGCCGGACGCGCUCUCGGUGCCGCAGAUGGGCUCCCUGGCCUUGCCGGACAGCCUGGACGGCGGCAGCAGCAUCUGCUCGGUGAUCUCCGAGGCGUCGCAGCACGCGAUGCUGCAGGCGGCGCAGCAGGCUAGGAGCACGCAAGCGGGCACCAUCACGGAGUUCCGGCAGCUGCUCGAGUAUCCCGCGCUGUCGGAGGAGGAUCAGGUGAAGCUGCAGGGCACGCUGAAACAGUACCGGGCCUGGGAGAUCGAGCAGCUCACGAAGAUGCGGAAUGCGGCCAAGCCGCCUGAAGUGAAGAAGGCCAAGAAGGAGAAGGGCAAAGAGAAGGGCAAAGAGAAGGGGAAGAAGGGCAAGCGGGGAAAGAAUGAGCUGGAGGAGGAGGAAGCACAGCAAGAGCUUCCCCCGGAGCCGGCAUUUGUGCAGGGCCUCCGCCUGGAUGCCUUUGAGCAUCACGUCAAGGCGCUGCAGAGCCGCUUGGCCGAGCAGCAGCCGCCCGGCAGCCAGGAGCUGCUGAGUCAAGCCCUGGCCAUGCUGGCGGUGAGCACCGAAACUCAGGCGGAGGGUGAGGAAGAUGGCCACCAGGCUGAGGCCUUGGCCGAGGAGCCGCCGGUCAAUGAGGAGGUUCCACAGGAUCCCAGCAUGGACCAGGAGAACGUGGCCCCCAAGGCCAAGACAGGCAAGCGCAUGUUUGUGGCAGAGGCGGAGUGGUCCUUCUCCUACUUCAAGUCUGAAACAGGUCUUCAGUUCCUGAUGGACACAGGAAUGCUGGAUCCGGACUUGACGCCGAAUCCGGUGGUGAAGCAGAAGCGGCCGCGAGAUCCGCCGCCGCCGCCACAGAAGAGCCCUUGGCAUCCAAGAUUGGUCGGCGAAGCGGCAGAUGAACCGGAGGAAGAAGCAAGCCCAGAGCACUAUGAGGAUGAGUGGCCUGGACAGUCCAAGCUUCUUCGCGCCGAUUUCAACGCGCCGGAGUUUGGUGCUCUGCCCGAAGAUGGCGCUGAACGGAUGUACUUUCAGCCGGGUGAAAGGCUGCCGAUCGCUCCUGUCCAAGACGAAGCGCCGGUUGGCCCUCACCCGGACAAGAAGGCCGCCAUGUGGGACGUCUACGGGGAGCCGCGGGGUCCCAAGGGCAAGAUCUCGCAGGCCUACGUUGGCAUGAACGCCGACUACCUGGAGGUGGAGGGCCCCACCGGGAGGAAGGUGAAGACCAGCGCGCUGGCGCACAAGCGCUCGGAGGUGAAGGGCCUCGGGGACAACCACAUGCUGGUGGAGGUCAUGCCCGGAGCGUGUCGCUUCGGCCCCUUGCGCCAGGGCUCUCUGUACCGAAUGCAUUUCUACGUCCGGAAUUUGGAGGUGGACGUCACCAGGUUCAAUGUGAAGCCGCCGGAGAGCGAACUGGUCCGGGUGCACUGGCAACCAGGGCACCUUGCCCCAGGCAUGGCAACGCGGCUGGCGGUGGAGGUCUUGGCCAUGGAGCCUCACCGCAUCGAGCAGCUGGUGGAGAUCCAGACCAAGGCUCACGUCAUCCGCGUGCCCAUCACCGCCCGCAUCAUGGGGGCGGAGGAGUAUGACAAGCUGGACGCCGAGUCCCUGGCGCUGCACGGGCGCCGCAUCGGCCGGCAUCGGGAGCGCUCGGACACCCACAAGCCCAGCCCGGUACAGCUGAUCUCCGAGCCCGGCUACUGCCGAAAGGCAAUGGGCGCGGCUUGGCAGGCGCCGCCGGAUGAGCUGGAGUUGAGCUGACGCUCGAAUGAAUUUGGGUUCCGGCCCGUUUCACCCAAACUGCUCGCUGACUCUCUCGAUGC